UUCUUUGUCAAGAUAAAGUGUUUUAAUAAUUUCUGGAGUUGUCCAAACAGAAAAAAAUUAAAGUUUUUGGAGAUGAAGAAGCUUCUCAAAGUUAUGCUCUUCUUGAUAGCUUAUUUCACGUGCUCAGUGGCUAUGGUACCUUAUCGUGGUUGCGACGUGAUCGGGCUAGCUCCUGGAGAUGGAUUUGGAAAGCGCCAGACGAGUGAGUUCAAGGAGAAAAUUUAUUCCGGUCGUAAGUUAGUAUCUGGUCCGAGUCGUAGUUCUUGCGGCCACUAAAUGUCGGGAUGGUAACUAGUCAGGUUAUUAAUAAUAAUAAGAUCUUGAUCAUUCCAACUAUGUUUUCUUGGUCAUAUCUAUGCUCGUUUUAAGGUUAUCAGUAUUGUAAUGGGUUUGUUCGUAAUCAAAUUAAUGGCUUGCCAUUUGCAAUAUGUAUCUUUUAUUUUGAAUAUCGCGUUCAUGCUAA